UUUGUAAAUUUGGCUACUGAUGAGGAAAUUCAUCCAAAAUUCCCGUUCAAAUUUUACGGCACAGACGUUAGUGAACUAACUAUACACACUAAUGGAAACUCAGGUUUAAUAGACGUGAAAGGAAAAAAGGAUUUAGGAACAAUUUACACCCAAGUAGUUGGUGGUGGGCUGUCUGGAUUUGAGAUUUCGAAUGAGAGUGAGUUCUUCAUUCAUUCAGUGAUAUUUUGUCUUGUUCUUUAUUUUUCACUUUCUUUUUUUGAGUAAACGAUUCAGUACUAAACUUGGUUAUUUCAUGAGAGUUUGCCAGUACAUAUUGAUUAUUUUGUUUAUGUGGUUUGGUAGCCCAAAUAUGUGUUCACAGCGCUUUAUUAAACAUCUAAUCAACGAACAACCAAUGACAACCUACUGGAACAACGUGAUUGACUCGAACCAGAACACCUAGAA